AUGGACACCCCCAAAUCUCCCACCUCUCCUAAAAGGAGUCGUGGAUUCAGCGUGAAAUCCGACAAGUCAGACAAAUCGGGAUCAACAAGCCACAAACGUGGACUUUCGGAAACUUCACAGGAGAAAGCUCGUCGCAACCUACACACCAAAGCAGAUCCUCUCGUCGCCAUGAACGAGCUUCAGCCUAUGGCGGUCGCGUUGGAGAAGUCAAACCUGGGCUCGUUGAGAGAGAUUGAAUUCAAGGAUCAGUAUGGGAAUGUCAUCACCGAUCCCGACCUGUCAAAUCCCACUCGACCGCGUUUGGAGCGCCCCUUGGAUACAAUUCGAUCAUUCGAGGCAGCCAUCAACGGCUCAUACAACAGUAACCAGGAUGGCGCAUCACAGAUGGGCGACUUCAGCCGACGAACAAGUUACUAUGGAGGUCAAAGCAACGGUCCUUCAAACAGAAACCACGAACAAAGCAAUUACUACGGCCAAAGCCAAUCGCGACCAGACAGCAUCGUGAACGCAUACCAAAACACACCUCUAUCACCCGAGAACCCGAAUCCCUACUACGCCCAGGGUGGAUAUAACCAGAGUGGAUAUAACCCAAACAGCAGGAGACGCCCAUCCCACCAUCCCCGUGGGUCACCGUCAGCGCCCAUCACCCCCUCCGAGGGCUACCCCAACAUGGCAAAUGGCUCACAACAUGGCUACCAACGGUCCCGCGACAACGUGGCUGCCAUGUCAAACACUGGUUCUGGCUACACAGACCCCUACGGCCAGUCCACAGACCCCAGCUCGAUGAACAGCUCCAACGACCAAUUGCAGCAGCAGGCUCUGCAGCAACAGCGUCUCGAUGGGCGUGGUCAAGCUGAGUAUGGUUCCAACAAUUUCAGCUCACCCAGACUUCCACAGCCUGCUGGUGAGUCAAGCUGGGGUGGACCUGUUGGAGGUACUCCAGCUUCCACAGGAGCUAGGCCUGCACCACCGCCUCCGCAAAAGAAUGUGAGCCAACCUCCGGCUGGAGGGGAUAAGAGGAAGAGUUGGUUCAAGCGCCGGUUCAGCAAGGAUAAAUAA